AUGGAAACCAGGACACAUCUGUUGGUCAUACCCUUUGGUGAGUUAGCUGAACAUCCUUUUCGCGCAAUCAACCAAAGUGUUUUGCAUGAGGCACCUUGCUCAGUGGGGAUACUCGUUGACCACAUAGAUGGGGUGAAACCUGUUGUUGAUGCUUCCAUAAGCAGUUGCCACAGUGUUGCCAUGAUUUUCAUAGGAGGACCCGAUGAUCGAGAAGCAUUAGCAUAUGGUAUGAGAAUGGCCGAUGAUAAUCCCAACUUAAAGCUCUCGGUUUUUAGAUUCACACAUACAAAAUUACGUGAUGAUAAAAAUACUAAAAAAGAUGACGAAUUGAUUAAUGAGUUGUGGCAAACAAUCGAGAACACCGUAAAUAUUGAGUACAUUGAAGAAGCACUAACAGAUUGUGCAGAUACAGCAAGUAGAAUCAAAUCCCUGGAAGAGACUUACGACUUCAUAUUGGUCGGAAGAAGACAUGAAGAUGAUUCGCCAAUUUUGCAUGGACUCGAUGAAUGGUGCGUCUACAAAGAACUUGGUGUGGUUGGAGAUCUUUUUGCGACAUCUAGUUUUCAAGGGGGAUUUUCUCUUUUGGUAAUGCAACAAUAG